AUGUGUUGCCUGGCCACAUCCAAAUUGUUAGGCCUGGAGUCUGCAGAUACUGCUCAAGCACUGUCACAUAGUGUUUCUGUGAAACAGCAUUACGCAAUGAGAGCCUUGUGGAUCACCUUCUGCGCUUGCUUGAUGCACUCAGAUGCAUUUCGCGAGAGUGUCGUCGGCAAUGCGACCGGCUUGGGCGAUGGAGCAGAUUGCACCUGUGGGAAGAAGCCCCUGAAGGACAACAAAUGCUGCGACCCAGGUUUGAUUUGCAGUAAGAGUGCUGGCAAGUGCAAGCCCGCAUUGAAGGGAGAAUGUGACCGCAAGUGGAUCGGGACCAACUGCGCCGUCAGCACUUACGGACGGUACAAUGGCAUUUCAUGCAGAACGUACUAUGCAGCUACAGAUGGCCAGAAGCACUGCUGUGUCCAUGGCCUACCAAUGAUGAUUGAGUAUGACAAAGCUUACCAAUACGCACCAGUGGGUGGUGACAAGACCACCUGUUGCAGUGGAGAGGUUAAGUGGUCUUCCUGGGCUGUGGACCUGAAAGGGAAGCACGAUGGAUACUACUGCAAAGGAGGCUAG